AUUCAAGACGGCAAAGAAUGUUAUCUCAUAUGAAGUAAAAUAGAGGAGAAAUCAAAACUAAACGAUUCCUCUUUGAUUAUCUCAUUAUUCUCAUAUGUUCGACCAAAUGGCUACGCUACAUAAGUAGAAAUCACGAAACCCUAGAUUUUUACGGCGACGGCAACUCUGGAAUGUUCAUCUGAAGUCUGAACCAGUAAAAGAAGACUGCGCUCGAUCUUUAAGCUAACGACAACUACUAUUACAGUCGCUCUCCUCAAUUGGCACCUGCAAUAGAAGCAAGUUAUCACGUAGGUGUUGCAAAGGGAGAGAUUUCAAACGAUCCACUUCGCUUUGAGCCUUUCAGCUAUAUUUUCAAUCUGAGAAGUAGCUUCAGACUUCAGAUUAACGAUGCCAGGAGGGAGUCAAUCCGAAAGAGAAGAUAAGGUAUCGAUGGAGCUAACCGAGGAGAUCAUUCAAAGCAUGGAAGUUGGUAUGGCCUUUCGAGACUACAAUGGUAGAAUCAGUUCAAUGGAUUUUCACAAGGCAUCAAAUUAUCUUGUGACAGCCAGUGACGAUGAAUCAAUUCGUCUUUAUGAUGUAUCCACUGCAACUUGUUUGAAGACCAUUAACAGCAAAAAAUAUGGGGUUGAUCUGGUUUGCUUCACUUCUCAUCCAACAACAGUCAUAUACUCCUCAAAAAAUGGCUGGGAUGAAUCUCUGCGGCUUCUGUCCUUACAUGAUAAUAAGUACUUGCGGUACUUUAAAGGUCACCAUGACAGGGUUGUGUCACUCAGCUUGUGCUCUCGAAAGGAGUUCUUUAUCUCUGGCUCUCUGGAUCGAACUGUUCUACUUUGGGAUCAACGAGCUGAGAAGUGUCAGGGCCUUCUACGUGUACAAGGAAGACCUGCAAUUGCUUAUGAUGAACAAGGACUGGUUUUUGCAAUUGCCUUUGGAGGACAUGUAAGAAUGUUUGAUGCUCGGAAAUACGAGAAGGGUCCUUUUGACAUCUUUUCUAUUGGGGGAGAUCUAUCUGAUGCCAAUGUAGUAAAAUUCAGUAAUGACGGGAGGCUUAUGCUUGUGACCACUAUGGAUGGGCAUAUUCAUGUACUUGAUUCAUUCCGUGGCACACUUUUAUUCACAUACAAUGUCAAGCCUGUCUCCAGCGAUUCCACAUUGGAGGCAUCUUUCAGCCCUGAGGGAAUGUUUGUAAUAUCAGGUUCAGGUGAUGGUAGUGUAUAUGCCUGGAGUGUCAGAACUGGGAAGGAAGUUGCCAGUUGGAUGAGUUCUGAGGUUGAACCUCCAGUCAUAAAGUGGACUCCAGGAAGCCUGAUGUUUGUUACUGGAUCUUCUGAACUCUCAUUUUGGAUUCCAGACUUGUCCAAAUUGGGCUCUUAUGUUGGAUCAAAAUAGGGUUUGUGGAAGAGAUUCACAGCCUCAAAUUUAAGCUAUCAACAGGGGAAAUCAAGUAACAGAGUUCCUACAAUGAAGUCGCAUUUAUUGUGCUUCUUUGUACCGGUGAAACGAGGAUGCCUAAGUGGUAUUCUUUUACUUGAUUGAUCUGAAUUAUUUGGCAGUUGGAUUCAUUGGCAGAAAGAAAAGAGAACAGCUUAUCGUAAAGGAGAUUUUUCUUAUGGGGAGCGGGUGUCUACACGGGCACUUCUUGAGAGUUCCUUCAUAUGAGCACAUAGUUCUACCCCAUGGCAGGUCAGAUGGGGCUGAAAUUUUGUGGACAAGAUAGACCCUGAGAUCUCCUGCUUCACAUGUCGAGCUUCAACCCAAAGGAGUAGGGCAAGUGGAAGGACAAAAUUUAGAAAAAAUCAGGAAUAUGGAGAGGGUGCAUGCCAUCACCAAAAUGGAUGGAAAAUGCGAAGGAAGAUGCUAAUCAGUGGGAGGAUAUAUGAUUGAACUUGUCUAAAAUUGGACACAUGACAAUUCUAGAGGAUUUCCCAAAUAUAUGAUGGCUGGAAUUGCUGCAUGUGUCUUUCUACGAACACUUUAGCCAAGUAUUAUGUAUGGCAGUCCCGGGAUUGACUCUACACUCCAUUUGGGAUCCAAGGCUUCCCCUCUCACACACCACUUUUCCUUUUUCUGCCCAUAUUUGUCUCAAUGCUGUCAUGCUUGACAUCAUUGUAAGUCAUACCAUACAAAAUUGAUGGUAAUGAAGUCUUCUCUCUCCAUUUGUGAUGCUAAUCCUUGUGAUUGUUACCUUGCUAAGUUUGUUGAAACUUUCAUAACUCAAUUUUGCUUGAGAGGUCACUUUUGUGAUUUUACAAAAUGAUACUAUUUUCUGCUGUAAGAUCUGAUGGAUUGAAGCUAUGCACAAUCAGAUUAUGUAUGUGACUGGGGGAUGAGAGUAUGGGAGGGAAUGAAGGAAGCUGGAUGAAGGGCUUCUGUUUCUACCUGCUACUAAAAAACAAUGAUGUAAUUUGUAACCAAGUUCUUAAAUAAAGAGGAAGUUAGUCUGA